AUGUUAAGAACCAUUAAAUUGGCUAGACCCAUUUCAACACAACGAGAACGACGUUUCUUCUCCACAGAUGUUGUUUCUGUGUUUGAGAGUGGUGCUGAGCUAGUUUCUGCUGCUCAUGCUGCUUCGGGGCUUCCCUGGUGGGCUUUUAUUCCUCUCAUAACAGUUUCAGUCAGAACUUGCAUCACUCUUCCCUUGGCAAUUUACCAGAGAAGGGGGUUACAAAAACAGAAUGAACUACGUCCCAUUAUUAGUGCGAUGUUCCCCAUUUUCAAGCUCAGAUUGGCCGCUAGGGCCCAAGCAGCACAGCAAAGCGCGAGACUCUCAAAAAGUGACGUUCCCAUAAAGACAGAGACUGAGCAGCUCUCGGCAAACAAAAUCAUCGUGCUGGCUUCAAAGGAAAGAAUGAAGCGGCAGAGACAGAUCUUUAGGGACAACGGUUGUCAAUCAUGGAAGUUUUUGGCGCUUCCUGCAUUACAGAUUCCAUUAUGGAUAACGUUAUCUCAAACCUUCCGGGUACUUACAGGGUGGACAAACGUGCGUGCCACUGUGUUGGAUCCUACGCUGUCAACCGAAGGACUUGGGUAUCUCACAAAUCUCACUUUAAGUGAUCCAUAUUUCAUACUGCCUGUGGUUCUGGGAGUCACAGCUUUGACUAAUGCGGAAUGGAAUUUCCGUACGGCGGACCUAAUGAAGCUGACUACAAGAGGAGUGAGAAAUUCAUUAAGGCCUACUGCUUUUGAUAGUGUCAUCAAUCUUACUAGAAUGAGUAUCUGCUUCCUUGUUGUUUUGUCGGCCCAGGCUCCAGCUGCUCUGUCGAUCUAUUGGAUCAGCUCCAACAUAUACUCGUUGGCUCAGAACAUUCUGUUGAACAAGUUCAUGCCUUUAAGAUAUACUCCAUACGCCAGAUCGGCGCCUUCGACAAAAAAGCUGGCAGGCGAAAGCCUUGUGGAAUUCUAA